AUAAAAGAUAUUGAUAAAGUUCGUCGAGAAUCACAUCAAGGCACAUAUCAAGAAUUUUUAAAGGAAUUGAUUUCAAGAUUCUUUCCUUCCAGGAAGUUAAUAUCCAGCAUUAUUGAUGAUGAAAAUUUGCGAAUUCAAUAUAUACAGCAGCGUGUUGAGAAUAUUAAUGAAAAUCUUCUAGGAUGGUGUCAAAAAAUGACAUCCCCUUAUAAAAAAGAACAAACAGAAUUCGAGCCAAUAUUUACAGCGUCUCUUGAUGCUGCUAAAAGGCCAGAUGAUGAUUAUCAUGGUGAUAUGA